CCUUCUUUUCCCCUUCUUCCUUCUUCCUUCUCUCUCUCUAUCCCACCAGCUUUUUCUGGUGAUCCCUCUGCACUCUCUCUUUCACUGUCUCUUUCUCUUCUCGGUCCAAUUCUUCGUACCUUUUUUGAGGGCAUUCAAUUUCCAAUUCCAUUUUUUCUUCUUCCAAAAACUACAAAGAGAAAAGAAGCAAAAUUCCGAACUUUUUCAAUCUUCCACCAUGACUGUGAUGACUCCUGCUCCUAUCGAUCGGCCAGAGGACGAGGAGAUGCUCGUCCCACACUCGGAUUUGGCUGAGAACAAUCACCAACCCAUGGACGUUGUAGCACAAACAGAAACUGCUAACAGUGUGGACAAUCAGCUGGUGGAGGAUCCUCCAUCAUCGAGAUUCACAUGGAGAAUUGAUAACUUCUCCAGGUUGAAUGUGAAGAAGCUUUAUUCAGAAUUUUUUGUCGUCGGUGGCUAUAAAUGGCGCGUGCUUAUUUUUCCCAAGGGAAACAAUGUGGACCAUUUGUCGAUGUACUUGGAUGUAGCAGAUUCAGCAAAUUUGCCAUAUGGGUGGAGUAGGUAUGCCCAUUUUAGCUUGGGAGUGAUCAAUCAGAUUCAUAACAAGUAUUCUGUGAGAAAAGAUACACAACACCAGUUUAAUGCUCGAGAAAGUGAUUGGGGUUUCACAUCCUUCAUGCCUCUUAGUGAACUAUAUGAUCCUAGUAGAGGAUAUCUUGUAAAUGAUACUCUUAUAGUUGAAGCUGAGGUUCUUGUUCGUAAAGUUGUGGAUUAUUGGACAUAUGACUCAAAGAAGGAGACCGGUUAUGUUGGGCUUAAGAACCAAGGAGCAACAUGUUACAUGAACUCCCUCCUUCAAACAUUGUAUCAUAUUCCUUAUUUCAGGAAGGCUGUUUAUCAUAUGCCAACAACUGAGAAUGAUUUGCCAUCAGCAAGCAUUCCUUUGGCAUUGCAGAGUUUAUUUUACAAGCUUCAGUACAGUGACAAUAGUGUUGCAACAAAAGAGCUGACCAAGUCUUUUGGAUGGGACACAUAUGAUUCUUUUAUGCAGCACGAUGUUCAAGAACUUAAUAGGGUUUUAAGUGAAAAACUAGAAGACAAGAUGAAGGGAACUGUUGUAGAGGGAACUAUACAGAAGUUAUUUGAAGGGCACCAUAUGAAUUAUAUCGAGUGCAUCAAUGUAGAUUACAAAUCUACAAGAAAGGAGUCAUUUUAUGACCUUCAGCUUGAUGUCAAAGGCUGCCGUGAUGUUUAUGCUUCGUUUGAUAAAUAUGUAGAAGUUGAGCGUCUUGAGGGUGACAACAAAUACCAUGCUGAACAAUUUGGACUGCAGGAUGCUAAGAAGGGUGUGCUGUUCAUUGACUUUCCUCCCGUUCUUCAACUUCAGUUGAAACGAUUUGAGUAUGACUUUAUGCGGGACACUAUGGUGAAGAUUAAUGACCGUUAUGAAUUCCCAAUGCAACUUGACCUUGAUAGGGAGAAUGGUAAAUAUUUAUCUCCUGAUGCCGAUAGGAGUGUCCGCAAUCUUUACACACUUCACAGUGUAUUGGUACACAGUGGUGGGGUGCAUGGUGGACAUUAUUAUGCCUUUAUCAGGCCAACCCUAUCUGAACAGUGGUACAAAUUUGAUGAUGAGAGGGUAACAAAAGAGGAUAUGAAGAGGGCACUAGAGGAGCAGUAUGGUGGUGAGGAAGAGUUACCGCAGACGAAUCCUGGAUUUAAUAAUACUCCUUUCAAAUUUACAAAAUACUCAAAUGCAUACAUGCUGGUAUAUAUUCGUGAAAGCGACAUGGAUAAAAUAAUUUGCAAUGUGGAUGAGAAGGACAUUGCUGAGCAUCUUAGGGAGAGGUUGAAGAAAGAGCAAGAAGAAAAGGAGCACAAGAAGAAAGAAAAAGCAGAGGCACAUCUGUAUACUAUUAUAAAGGUUGCCCGAAAUGAGGACCUUGUGGAGCAAAUUGGAAAGGAUGUAUAUUUUGAUCUUGUGGAUCAUGACAAAGUUAGGAGUUUUCGUAUUCAAAAGCAAAUGCCAUUUAACCUUUUUAAGGAGGAGGUUGCAAAAGAAUUUUGUAUUCCUGUGCAAUUUCAGCGCUUUUGGCUGUGGGCAAAGCGUCAAAACCAUACCUAUCGUCCAAACCGGCCUUUGACACCCAUGGAGGAAACACAAUCAGUUGGACAAUUGAGGGAAGUGUCUAAUAAGGUUCACAAUGCAGAAUUAAAAUUGUUUCUAGAAAUGGAACUUGGGCUGGACUUACGCCCUGUUGCUCCAUCUGACAAGACAAAGGAUGAUAUAUUGCUUUUCUUCAAGCUCUAUGAUCCAGAGAAAGAAGAACUACGUUAUGUUGGAAGACUUUUUGUGAGGAGUACCGGUACUCCUGUUGACAUUUUAACAAAAUUGAAUGAAAUGGCUGGCUAUGCCCCUGAUGAAGAAAUCGAUCUUUAUGAGGAAAUUAAGUUUGAGCCCACUGUAAUGUGUGAACCAAUUGAUAAGAAAUACACAUUUCGAGCUAGCCAGCUUGAAGAUGGAGACAUUGUUUGCUUUCAAAAAUCCCCUCCAAUUGAAAAUGACAAGCAGUUCCGGUAUCCGGAUGUUCCUUCGUUUUUGGACUAUGUACAUAAUCGCCAAGUUGUUCACUUUCGGUCACUCGAUAAACCCAAAGAAGAUGAUUUCUGUCUGGAAAUGUCAAAACUUUAUACUUAUGAUGAUGUUGUCGAACGAGUAGCUCAACAACUUAGUUUGGAUGAUCCAUCCAAAAUCAGACUUACAUCACAUAAUUGUUAUUCUCAACAGCCCAAACCCCAGCCUAUUAAAUAUCGUGGGUUGGAACGUUUGUCUGAUAUGCUAGUCCACUACAAUCAGACUUCAGAUAUAUUAUACUACGAAGUUCUAGACAUUCCUCUUCCAGAAUUACAAGGUUUGAAAACUCUGAAGGUUGCAUUCCAUUAUGCUACUAAGGAUGAAGUGAUUGUUCAUACUAUAAGACUGCCAAAACAGAGCACUGUAGGAGAUGUUAUUUGUGAUCUUAAAACAAAGGUUGAAUUAUCUCAUCCUGAUGCUGAACUUAGGUUGCUUGAAGUUUUUUAUCACAAGAUAUACAAGGUUUUCCCCCACAAUGAAAAGAUUGAGAACAUAAAUGACCAAUACUGGACGUUAAGGGCUGAAGAGAUACCUGAGGAAGAGAAAAAUCUUAGUCCACAAGACCGAGUCAUUCAUGUCUACCAUUUUACUAAAGACACAACUCAGAACCAAAUGCAAAUUCAAAACUUUGGUGAACCUUUUUUCUUUGUCAUACAUGAGGGUGAAACUUUGGCUGAGAUUAAAGUUCGAAUCCAAAAGAAACUACAGGUUCCAGAUGAGGAGUUUGCCAAGUGGAAGUUCGCAUUUCUUUCAUUAGGUCGUCCAGAGUACCUUCAGGACUAUGACGUUGUGUCUAAUCGUUUUCAGAGAAGAGACGUUUAUGGUGCCUGGGAGCAAUAUCUUGGACUGGAACACUCUGAUAGUGCUCCUAAAAGAGCGUAUACAGCUAACCAGAAUCGUCACAAUUUUGAGAAGCCAGUAAAAAUCUACAACUAGGAAAUAGAAUGAGAUAGAUGAAUUUUUUGAUGGCAUUAAAUGAAAUAUCAGAAUUUUCCACAUGAUAUGGCUGCAAAAUGUGGAACAACGAUGAAAGGUGACCUUAAUGCCCUCAAAUGAAGUCAGCAUUUUGAGAUGUCAUAAAGUUUUGGUGGUUGUAAUUAUUUAUCCUGAUCUGAUGGGGGUAAAGAGACUUCACUAAAUUAGUGUGUAUUUUCAACAAUUGAAAAACACCCCUCUUGAGCUUUUACAACGUUUUCUAAUGGAGGUUCCUCUUUGGGUAACAAGUCAUUGUUCUCCAUCUCCUGUUCAAUGCAGUGUAAACGGUACAUAAAUGAGGCUUUUGGAGUUUGGACUCGUGAGAGAAUGUAUAGAGGGUAUAGUUUGUUGACUUUUGUUUUGAUUUUUGUUUGUGUUUGCUUCAUUUUAACAAAAUAUUGGGGGGGUGUCACAAUUAGAUAGUUGUAAAAGAUACUGAUCAGGCUUUGCCUUUGAAAUUACCAUAACAACUUUUUCUUUC